GCCACCGAGCCACCGAGCAGCCUGGACACGGAGCCGGCGGCGAGAGAGCGAGUGACCAGCUGCCACCCAGCUCUUGCCUCCGCAGCUCCCCGCUCCGGCUCUGCGCUCCUCCAAACCCCUCGCCGGGCUUCUGUGCCCCCACCCCCUCUCCGCGACCAUGAUGUUCUCGGGCUUCAACGCCGACUACGAGGCGUCCUCGUCCCGCUGCAGCAGCGCCUCCCCGCCCGGGGACAGUCUCUCCUACUACCAUUCACCUGCGGACUCGUUCUCCAGCAUGGGAUCUCCUGUCAACGCGCAGGACUUUUGCACAGAUCUGGCCGCCUCCAGCGCCAACUUCAUACCCACGGUGACAGCCAUCUCCACCAGUCCCGACCUGCAGUGGCUGGUGCAGCCCACGCUGGUCUCCUCCGUGGCGCCGUCGCAGACCAGAGCUCCGCAUCCUUACGGAGUCCCUGCUACCCCCUCAACUGGAGCUUACCCCAGGGCAGGAGUGGUGAAGACCAUGACGGGUGGCAGAGCACAGAGCAUCGGCAGGAGGGGCAAAGUGGAGCAGUUAUCUCCUGAAGAAGAAGAGAAGAGGAGAAUCCGGAGGGAAAGGAAUAAGAUGGCUGCAGCCAAAUGCAGGAACCGGAGGAGGGAACUGACAGAUACUCUCCAAGCGGAGACAGACCAGCUGGAAGAUGAGAAGUCUGCUUUGCAGGCUGAGAUUGCCAACCUGCUGAAGGAGAAAGAGAAGCUGGAGUUCAUCCUGGCAGCCCACCGACCUGCCUGCAAGAUGCCCGAUGACCUGGGCUUCCCAGAAGAGAUUUCGGUGGCCUCUCUGGAUCUGAGUGGGGGCCUGCCUGAGGCUGCCACCCCAGAUUCUGAGGAGGCCUUCACCCUGCCUCUCCUCAAUGACCCCGAGGCCAAGCCUUCGGCGGAGCCGGUCAAGAGCGUCAGCAGCGUGCAGCUGAAGGCCGAGCCCUUCGAUGACUUCUUGUUCCGGGCAUCCUCCAGGCCCAGCGGCUCUGAGACCGCCCGCUCGGUGCCAGACAUAGACCUGUCUGGUUCCUUCUAUGCAGCGGACUGGGAGCCCCUGCACGGUGGUUCCCUGGGGAUGGGGCCCCUGGCCACAGAGCUGGAGCCCCUGUGCACCCCGGUGGUCACCUGUACACCCAGCUGCCCUUCCUACACGUCUUCCUUCGUCUUCACCUACCCUGAGGCUGACUCCUUCCCCAGCUGUGCGGCUGCCCACCGCAAGGGCAGCAGCAGCAACGAGCCCUCCUCUGACUCACUCAGCUCCCCCACGCUGCUGGCCCUGUGAGCUGCCAGGGAAGGGGAGGCAAGCUGGCACCUACCUACCUGCAGGUGCCGCUGCCCGAGUUGGUGCAUUAACAGAGAUGAAACACCGUCUUCCCUCGAGGGUUCCCGUAGACCUAGGGAGGACCUUAUCUGUGCGUGAAACACAGCAAGCUGGGGGCCUCAAGGACUUGAGAAAAGCAUCCACGUGUGUGCGCCCCACUCAAGUCCUCACCUCUUCCGGAGAUGUAGCAAAAACAAAAACAAAAACAAACAACGCAUGGAGUGUGUAUUGUUCCCAGUAACACAUCUGAGAGCUGGUAGUUUAGUUAGCAUGUUGAGCCAGGCCUGGGUCUGUGUCUCUUUUCUCUUUCUCCUUAGCCUUCUCAUAGCAUUAACUAAUCUAUUGGGUUCGUUAUUGGAAUUAACCUGGUGCUGGAUAUUUUCAAAUUGUAUCUAGUGCAGCUGAUUUUAACAAUAACUACUGUGUUCCCGGCAAUAGUGUGUUCUGAUUAGCAAUGACCAAUAUUAAACUAAGAAAAUAUAUGACUUUAUUUUCUAGUAGUUAGAAAUAAAUAGCUAUAUCCAUGUACUGUAGUUUUUCUUCAACAUCAACGUUCAUUGUAAUGUUACUGAUCAUGCAUUGUUGAGGUGGUCUGAAUGUUCUGACAUUAACAGUUUUCCAUGAAAA